AUGCAGAAGGAGGAAUUAGUCUUGAAGCGUCCAUUUGCUACCUACGUGGGGUUGCGUACUCUCAACAGCCUAUUUUGUCAAAAUGAAUUACAUCUCAAUGCUGAAAAAGAAAUUCAAGAAGCGCGAUCAGAAUUAGAAACCAAAUUUCGACUAUCAAACAAUGCAGAUAUAUUAUUAAGUCGUGCAGAUGAAUUAUAUACUCAAUGUCGAUUCAAAGAAUGCCUCGAAGUCACAACUAAUAUACAAAGUUUCCUUUACAAAGUAACUAUCAAAAUAGUAGAUCUUAUUUCAGAAACACAUCAAACUACCGAUUAUGU